AUGACUGAUAAUUUUGUUCAACCUGCAAUUCCUAAGUUUGAUGGAUAUUAUGAUCAUUGGUCUAUGCUUAUGGAAAAUUUCCUAUGCUCAAAAGAAUAUUGGAGUUUGGUGGAAACUGGAAUUCCUGUCGCAGUAGAAGGAGUGGAGCUUACUGAAGCACAAGGAAAAUUAUUUGCAGACCAGAAGCUAAAAGAUUUGAAGGUUAAGAAUUAUUUAUUUCAAGUCAUUGAUCGAACUAUUAUGGAAACAAUUCUCAACAAAGACACUUCCAAACACAUUUGGGACUCUAUGAAGCAGAAGUAUCAAGGUUCCACAAGAGUCAAAAGGGCACAACUCCAAACCCUUAGGAAGGAGUUUGAGAUUCUACAUAUGCAAGAAGGUGAGAGUGUUGAUUCAUAUUUCGCUCGAACUCUUACUAUAGCAAACAAGAUGAAGAUUCAUGGUGAAAACAUGCAGCAAGUGUCUAAUAACUUAGACAUCUUAAGUCUUGAUGAGUUGCAAAGUAGCUUAUUGGUCCAUGAGCAGAGGAUGAACAGACAUGGAAGCGAUGAGCAAGCAUUAAAGGUGACCUACGAUAAGAUUGGUGAAGAUGCAGGGAGAGGGAGAGGGCAUUUCCAAUAUGAGUGUCCUAAAUGGGAGAAAGAAGUGAAUUAUGCAGAGCUAGAAGAGAAAGAAGAAUUAUUGCUGAUGUCAUAUAUCAAGCUUGAUCAAGCAAUGCGAGAAGAUGUUUGGUUCCUUGACUCGGGGUGUUCUAAUCAUAUGUGUGCACACAAGGAGUGGUUCUCGGAUCUUGAUGAAGAAUUUCGGACUUCUGUGAAGCUCGGGAAUAAUUCCACAAUGACUGUAAUGGGAAAGGGUAACAUCAGGCUGCAAAUUAUUAGAGCUACUCAGAUAUGGGCAUCUAAGUUUCAAGGGUUUGAGAGCGUUGCAAUACAAGAAAAUGGUGAGAGGGUUGCCACAACUGAAGGAAUCAUCCAAAAUUUACACUGA